GACCAAACGAUAAAGGCCAGGAUAUUAUUAUUGAAAUUUGUAGAUAUAAAGGCGUUAUCCAAUGCAAAGCUUGCUCGUAAAGAAGUUGAUGAAUUUAGAUCAGUGGUGGGUGAUGGCGGAUUUGAUUUUGGGGUUGUUGUUGGUGUUUUAGAAGAAAAAAUUUCGGAUGAGGCUUAUACCUCGGCUGAAAAAUCAGAACAUGAUAUUAUCGUCACAACUUAUAGAAAUAUGUGCCGAAAUAUCAAAAACUUAAUCGCUGGUCGAUUAAUUCAAGAAUUUCGUGCCUUAGAAGAUAGACGUAGGUUCUUAGAAGAUAGACGUAGAUUUUUAGAAGUUAGACAUAGAUUCUUAGAAGAUAUAU